CCGGGUCCUGCACAUACUUCGGAAGCGCAAAAAAGUUGAAAGUGUUCAGGAUUCUUUGGCUGUUUUAUAGACAAUUACGGAGAACUGAACGACCCAACUUGUCUAUAUUUAAGAAUUUUAGAAGUGUUCCAAGGAAGAGUCAUCCCCAGAGCCUGACAAAGGGUUAUUCGGCUGAUUUUGUGCGGUAGCGAAGCCGAUAUUUGAGGCUUGCGCCCCCCUCCCUUCAUUCAAGCGUCCCUGGCAACACGAAAUCUGCUGAUAUUUUGGCCCGCUCUUUGCCUUUAGAAAGGCUUAUUCGGGACAAGGAAACUAUCUGAGACAUUGUAUCGUUUCUGAGAGAUUGAGCGGGACUAGAAGAUGGCAGAAGAAGGUCGGCGUGGCGCGGAGGAGGGCUCGGAGAAGGGCCCGGGCCAGGCGUACCAGGUGUUCGUGGUGAUGGACGAUCUGGUGGACAAACUCAAGCUGCUCCAGUACGAGGACGGCUUCAUCAAAGGCUGGGGAUUCAAACCCAUCACGAGACAUUACUUUGCUAUCCCCACCAACCCCGGCGAGCAGUUCUACGCCUUCACCUCGCUCUGCGCCUGGCUCAUCACCAAGUGCGGGAAACACUUCGACCAACCGCAGGAGUACGACGACCCCAACGCCACCAUAUCCAACAUCCUGGAUGAAGUCAGAAGACUGGGAGGAGCGGUUGACUUCCCCCCCUCCAAGCUGAAGCAGGGCUGUGGUGAACAUGCCGUGUACAUACUGGACAAGCUGGCUGACGAGGCCAUGACAUCAACGGGUUUCACCUGGGACAAACCUGUGUACCCAGAAGAAGAGAUGGAAGAGGAAACGAUGGUGGAUGAUGAUGCUGAACUCACCCUGAACAAAGUGGAGGAUGAGAUGAUGAUGGAUGAUGAUGAUGAGAUUGAAGAGGAAGAGACAUUCCUGGAUCUAGAGGGGCUGAAGAAACAGUCCAUGAAAAAUGAGUCUGAAGGCUCCAAACCUGUGGAGAUCAUGGAGUCCACCACUGAUGCUGCUGAGUGGAAACUGGAGGUGGAGAGAGUCCUGCCGUCGCUGAAGGUCCACAUCAAGGCCGACAACAAGGAUUGGCGCGCCCACUUCGAGCAGAUGCUGCAGCACCGAGAUGGGAUCGAGCACAGCCUGACGGAGACCAGGGGUCACCUGGACAAGCUGCACCAGGAGAUCACACGCACGCUGGAGAAGAUCGGCUCCCGCGAGAAGUACAUCAACAACCAGCUGGAGAGUUUCCUGCAGGAGUUCAGGGCCAUGCAGGACCAGCUGGCACAGGCUAAGGAGAAGUACAGAGAAGGCAGCGGUGGAGUGACAGAGAGGACCAGGGAACUGGCAUUGAUCACAGAAGAGCUGGAGCAGGUGAAGUCUGAGAUGGAGGAGCGAGGCACUAGCAUGACAGACGGAACGCCGCUGGUGAAGAUCAAACAGGCGCUGACCCGGCUGAAGACAGAGAUGACCCAGAUGGACAUCCGCUCGGGCGUGGUGGAGCACACCCUUAACCAGGCCAAGCUCAAGGACAAGUCCAACAUGCAGAGGGACAUGAACAAACCCCUGUCUGAGGAGCAGUACUGAUGCUACAUGGAUAUAUAGAUGUAAAAAAAUGUUAUACUUACUGUCAUUCCUACACAUCUACUCUGAUUCCUCUGAUUUUGCCACAUUUAACAAAAAUUUAAGAGAAUGGUUUGUUGUACUGUCAUUUAACAGUUUGACAUACAAAUUUUCGUCCAGCUUUCCUGAGUUUUCAUGACGUACCUGCCCUGCUCUUGAUCGCUCAACAUUCCGGUAUUAUGUCAUCAGAAUGGUCAGAAUUAGGUUUGAGGUGCUUUAGAAAUCUUGUCUUUCAUAGAGACAUUUUGGCCCCGGUAAGCCAUUUCUGCUUUGCCUCCCUUUUUCAGAGACUAUUUCCACUGGUCUCUGUUACUUAUAACACAAUACAUCAGUCAGCCAUUUGACUAGGUACAGCACAGACCUUAUAUUACAGGGCCUCAUUGGGAAGACUCACUCUUGUACAUCAGUACAAAUAUUUUCACCAAACCAGCACGUUAGUAUCUGUGUGUAAAUACUGUCAAAAAUGUAAUUUGGACUUGUAAAUACUUGUAUAUUAUCUUUGGAUUUAUUACUGUGUGUUUCUGUCUGUCAUUACUUCUCUAGAGGUGAAAAUUGUCAGAUAAAGACUGAUUUUAUUCUGCA